UUACGGAAGCAGACCACCACAUCUUUUUCCUGCGGAGCAGCUUCUGGGUUCAGACCGCUGACCUUUCAGUUCGCAGCUGAGUGCUUUAACCACUACACCACCAAGGCUCGUCUAUGAGCUGCAAAUUUCUCUAUAAAUAAAAGGUAAUAGGAGGAAAUUAGAUUAUUUGUAGCCUGAGUAUGCUGGAGAGUGAAUAUUUGUAGGUCUAGCUCAACAGAUAAGGGUAGUAUUCCCUCCCAAACCCCCAAAGUUGAAAAUCAGGGAAUAGAUUUAAGGCUGCAAAAAAAAAAAAAGUCUUUGAAGUAGGACCCUUUUGUGGUAGAAUUUUAUUUGGAAGUUGUGCACAUUCACACACAAAUUAACCUCAUGCUGUCUUGGAGAAAGAGUUUGCUAAGCCACGUCCUUAGUGUAAUAGUUUUCCAGGAUUUGGUAACAAGGAAACAACUGGCUAUUUCAAAUAAGUGCUGCCUGUUUACAGAUAGAUUAUAGCCUAUACAUCCUUCGAAGAACCUAUUCUUGGGUCCUACUCCAAAACCAUUAGAUCAGAAUUUCUUGAGGAAGUUGAUCCUGGCUUCUGUACUCAUUUAACAAGUCUCUGUACCUCUGGCCUCCCUUUUCUGGAUGCAUUUUCUUUUUUGUUUUUUGAACAAAGAAAAAAUUACAUGUUUUUAUUCAAGGACAAUGCACAAAAUUGACUUAGAAAAUAGUGAGUCCUGAUGAAAAAGGGUCAGUCCUGUGGGUUUAGAUGUAAUCUAUGGCUGAAGCAAAUAGAUGGUAAUGCCUAGAAUAGGCUGAUGGAGGCAGAUAGGCUGGGUUUGAAUCUUGUAUCUUAAAUUUGCAUUCUUUGCAAAAAUAGAUAAAAUUAUUUACAUAUUAGUUCCCUAAACUGAUACUUGGUGGUAACAAAUGACUCACUGCUGCAUUAAAUUGACUAAUAUUUUAACCAGGUACUGCUCCAGGUACAGAAGAGGCAUUCAUAAGUGUAAGAAAAUGUCUGAACAGCUACAUUCAGUUGACACUCUUUCAUGAAUCCAUUUACUUUUAUUUUUUGAGGAGUGUGUAAUUUGUUUCAAAGUCUUUCAGUCUUGGGUCUCUGUUUCCUGCUUUAUUUCAGUACCACAAUGGGCACAGACAAUGGAAAUGUCUCCCAGGAAUUUCUCCUGUUGGGCUUUCCAGGCUCCCAGGCCCUUCAGCUCUCUCUUCAUGCUUUUUCUGGUGAUGUACAUCCUCACAGUCAGUGGUAACGUUGCUAUCUUGGUGUUGGUGAGUACUUCUCACCAGCUCCACACCCCCAUGUGCUUCUUCCUGAGUAACCUCUCUUUCCUGGAGAUUUGGUAUACCACAGCUGCAGUCCCCAAGGCCCUGGCCAUCCUCCUUGGGAGAAGCCAGACCAUAUCAUUCACUGGCCGCCUUUUGCAGAUGUACCUUGUUUUCUCGUUAGGCUGCAUGGAAUACUUCAUCCUGGCAGCCAUGGCUUAUGACCGAUAUCUUGCCAUCUACUAUCCUCUACACUAUGGAGCCAUCAUGAGCAGCCUGCUUUCAGCACAGCUGGCCCUGGGCUCCUGGGUCUGUGGCUUCCUGGCCAUUGCAGUGCCCACAGCCUUCCUCAGUGGGCUCUCUUUCUGUGGCCCACAUGCCAUCAAUCACUUCUUCUGUGACAUCGCCCUCUGGAUUGCCCUGGCCUGUACCAGCACACAGGCAGUGGAGUUCGUGGCCUUUGUGAUCGCUUUUGUGGUCGUUCUAAGUUCCUGCCUCAUCACCCUGGUCUCCUACAUCUUCAUCAUUAGCACCAUCCUCAGGAUCCCCUCAGCCAGCGGCCGGAGUAAAGCCUUCUCCACAUGCUCCUCUCAUCUAACUGGUGUUCAUCUGGUAUGAAUCCACCAUCUUCCUUCAUGUCCGCACCUCAAUCAAGGACACCUUAGAUCUGACCAAGGCUGCCCACGUCCUGAACACUGUGGUGAUUCCAGUUCUAAACCCCUUUAUCUAUACGCUACAUAACAAGGAAGUAAGAGAAACGCUGCUAAAGAAAUGGAAGACA